GGAAAAUGUUAAAGUAAAAAUGUAAGUGGAUUGGGUCUAGAUUUGGAGGGGCUAAUAAGUGGACCCAUUCAGGAAUAAGACAGAAUAAGACAGAUGGGGAUCGAAAUACCACCUUUCCCACUGAUGUAACUGCAUUGGUGUGUGUGGCUUUUGUGUGUUAACUGGAGGGUUCGCUAAUGCUGUCUUCUCCAGAUCUAGACCCUGGUAAGGUCCACCCUACGGAGUGGUCACACUUGCCCAGGUCACUGCCUCACAUGCUCUGGGGGAAUAAUGGGAGUGACCGUAGCUGACAUACGCAGUGUUUACUGUGUACCAGGCACCUCUAAGCACACGUUGUAUAUCAUUUCACAUCUCAUACAAACCCUACAAGGGCCUGCGGGUGUACCUGGUCGAGACGGGAGCCCUGGGGCCAAUGGCAUUCCUGGUACCCCUGGGAUCCCAGGUCGGGAUGGAUUCAAAGGAGAAAAGGGGGAGUGCCUGCGGGAAACCUUCGAGGAGUCCUGGACACCCAACUACAAGCAGUGCUCGUGGAAUUCGCUGAAUUAUGGCAUCGAUCUUGGAAAAAUUGCGGAGUGCACAUUCACGAAGAUGCGCUCGAACAGCGCGCUCCGAGUCCUGUUCAGUGGCUCGCUCCGGCUAAAGUGCAGAAGUGCGUGCUGCCAGCGUUGGUAUUUCACGUUCAACGGAGCUGAAUGUUCAGGGCCUCUUCCCAUUGAAGCCAUCAUUUAUUUGGACCAAGGAAGCCCUGAACUGAAUUCAACAAUUACAUCCAUCGCACCUCUUCUG